GGAAAGUGUGUGAUCUUAGGCUUGCGUGGCCCCCAGGCAGGCAGCAGUGUGUUGAUGUGUGUGUGUCGCUCGUCGCACUGACAGACGCACAGUGCUGUGUAUUGUGUCUUCUCAGUCCACACUAUGCAAAACUACGCGGAGGAGAUCAGGCAUUUCAUGGAGAGCCAUGUUUCCGGGAUUUUAGCUGCCCUCAUUGCAGCAGGAGUAUUUUCAUUUGUGUCAGGGGUCGUCGUGUUGGCCUUUCGCAGGUGGAUGGCUGGCAGAGCGUGUCGCAGCAAGGCCAGGCUGGACGGAAAAACAGUCCUUAUCACUGGAGCCAACACUGGCAUUGGGAAAGAGACAGCCCUGGAUCUGGCCUGUCGAGGGGCCAGAGUGAUCUUAGCCUGCAGAGACAUGACCAAAGCCCACAGCGCAGCAGAGGAGAUUCGGCAGUGCAGCGGGAAUGGCAAUGUGGUGGUGAAGAAACUGGACCUGGCCUCACUGCAGUCUGUCAGAGACCUGGCCAAAGACAUCCAGGAGAACGAGGAACGUCUGGACAUCCUCAUCAACAACGCAGGGAUCAUGAGGUGUCCUAAGUGGCAAACUGAAGAUGGCUUUGAAAUGCAGUUUGGCGUCAACCACCUGGGGCACUUUCUCCUCACCAACUGCCUUCUUGAUCUGCUGAAAAAAUCGUCUCCAAGUCGCGUUGUCAUUGUCUCCAGCCUGGCCCACGAGAGAGGUCGUAUACACUUUGAGGACAUCAACUUGGACAAAGACUACAACCAUUCGGAAAGCUACCGCCAAAGCAAGCUGGCCAAUGUUCUUUUCUGCAGAGAACUGGCUACCAGACUACAAGGCACUGGUGUGACAGUGUAUAGUCUGCACCCUGGGGUCAUUCGCACUGAGCUGGUCCGCCACUUAUUCCCCUCCUUUGCCCUGUGGAAGCGGAUCAUCGUCAUGCCUGUCAUGAUGAUGAUAAAAACGCCCAAGGAGGGAGCUCAGACCACCAUCUACUGCGCUGUGGAGGAGAGCCUGGCAAAUGACAGCGGCCUCUACUACAGCAACUGUGCUGUUAAAGAGCCGGCCGCUCAGGCCCGGGACGAUGCUGCAGCCAAGAAGCUGUGGGACCUCAGUGCCUCCAUGGUUGGUCUGGCCUAACAGAGACUCCUCCUGAUGAAGUCAAAGGUGCUGUGUGUAUGGGUAGAAAAAAUGACUCUACACGCAUGGCUGUAAGAGGAUGUUUUCCUCUUUACUGAUUUAAUUGCACUUCUAAUCAGAGCUAAAUUCAAAGCAAAAGUCAACCUGUUUUCAGUACAACAUUUCAUCAGAGUGGUCUUUGAAGCAAGUUUGUCACCCUAAUGCAUGGAACCAGUGAAGUCACUACAGUACAGACACCCAGUUUUAAUGGUCAGUUUCUGGGUAACUGCGUCUAUCAGGAAGGUAACAACUGGAAUGUUAACUUCUGAUUUUACACCCUCAGUUCUCUCAAAACUGAAAGAUUUUCCCAUGAGCAAAUACAUUAUUAAUGUACAGUAUUUCAUCUGUUCAAAUAUGAUUCAUAUACUGUAUGUCUUAGCAAAUGAUUUUCUCAAUUUUUACAUUAUAUUCUGCAUAUUAUAAUCAUAGUUGUUUUUUUUGUUUUGUUUUGUUUUUUACUGAGUUUGUGCUGGGCUAGGCUUACAAGAAGUUUAUUGCAAUUAUUGAUAUUACUGCAAAAAGAUUUUAUAUAUGUGUGUGUGUGAGAUGAUGAGAUCAAAGGUGAUAAGCAUAAUUUUAAACAGGUUGAUUUUUGGUAAUAAAUUAGCAUACUGAUAAA